AUUAAUUCAGUGCCAUACAUCGCGUUUUUUUCUAUAUUAUUGGGUUUGUCUUCAGGAUAUGCUCUGGACACCUAACAUUCUUGGCUCUGAAUUGGUAAGGACCUUUUAUCUAACAUGGCGGCGCCCAGUGGAAGACUGAACUGUGAGGACUUCUCGAUGUUUCAGGAAGUCCUAAAGGCGAUGCGCACCAUCGAUGACCGGAUAGUCCACGAGUUGAACACCACUGUCCCUACUGCGUCUUUCAAAGGGAAGGUCGAUGCCACGCAGACGUGCAAACAGCUGUACGAGUCUCUAAUGGAAGCCCAUGUCAGCCGAGAUAAGGCAAUAAAGUCCUGUAUAGCCCAGACGUCCAGUGUGGUCAACCAGCUGCGGGAGGAGAGGGCGAAGGAUGCCGAUAACCUUACACUAAUCAAGCAACUCAGGAAAGAGCAGACCAAGCUGAAGUUUAUGCAAUCAGAAUUAAAUGUUGAAGAAGUUGUCAAUGACAGAAGCUUGAAGGUGUUCAAUGAAAGAUGCUGGAUUCAUUUUUCUCCCCCGAAGCACCAGUGACGUCUGUGAAGUGGCGUUUGUCACAAUGUCUGGAAUGAAAAUGGAAUCAUGGUAGUUAUGCCGCCGCGGACCACCGAAAUCAAAGAACCGGGAUUUCCUUUCCUGCAUCCAUCAAGGAAUCUCUCCAUCUCGCCGUAGUUUCAUUAGACAAACUUCUCAAAUGUUUGUGAAUCGCUAUUUUUUUUACAAACCUUGUAAAAAAAAAAAAAGUUUUAUAAGAAUGAAAACUGUUUUCCAAGGCCGGCUGUGGUCUCCAUGCUGUUGAGUUUGCAUGUGACUGCUAAAGCAGGCUCUUUCCACAAAUGGCGUGUUGUGUUUGGAUUCUGCGAAGCGAGGCCUAAUUGACCAUGGCCCAGGCAAACUAGUGGUGUUUGCUACCCAGGAACUAGCUGGAACCUGUUGAAAAGCCCAGCCAUUCUUUGACCGAAUCAGCAGCAUUACAGCAGACAGCCUGAUUAGAUAAUAAACCUUUCACAGUAUCUACCUCUUUCUAUGGAAUUGCACGCACAGGGCAAAUGGAAUACAGCUGUAACAUUUUUGGAAUUUCCGCGCCACAUUCCAGGCCCUUUCUCUCACACUUGUCUUGCUUACAGAGCUGUUUUAAUUUAUAAAGGACACAAUCCUGACACAAAAGUUGUAUGACAGGAGAUGAAACAGCACUGAUAUGUUCAGUCACCCACAAUCUAUCUAUUUAGUGCAUUUUUAUCAACCGAUAAGGAUCGCAUGAUGAGUCUUGAAUCUCCGACAGGUUCCUGACAUCAAGUAUGAAUACCUUUUCAGCAGCGUACAAGUGUUUUAGUGCGGGAAAUGCAACCACAUUAAUUAGGUUUUUAGCACAGGAAGAGAAGGUCUAGUGAACAAGAUGAGACUUGUGACAUUUUUGCUCACCAUACUGCUUUCUCUGUUUAAAGUGAUGGCAAAGACAUGUUAGCCGGUGUCAACUGAAACAUCUGUUUUAGGACUGCAAGAAAAGAGUGCCUAUACUAAUAAGGGGUUGUGUACUUUUAAUCAUGUCAGGCUGUGCUUCUCUCAUAACCAUACCACUGCAACAAGUACUAACAUGCUUUCAGGAAAGCGAUACUGCAGGGCCUCCGUCUACUUUCUGCAACAAAAGUGACACAAAAUCACUGACUCGUGUGCAAAGAGUCCCACAAGGAGAGCAGCUGAGGCUCAAGCUGAAUUUUUAGAAGCUCUAAUGGUGCAAGGCUCUAAAAAGGAUUUUGUAACUCUUGCUGUGUGCUCAGAUCUUUGAGUAGUGCCCCACUUAAACUGGAACAUUUUGCCAAGGAACAAGAGGCCGUUUUCAGAUCUGUUCAGAGCAGAAAUCAGUUUGCUGACUUAGCCAUAGCCAGAGGCGGGUAUAACGGCAUGGAAUUACAAGAUGUGUGGCCAGUGGUGCACAAGGAAAGCCCAGUGUAUUAGCAAGGGGAGGAACGCUACACACUGAACACUGCUUACCAUAAAUGGUGCUGUUGUGAAUACAAUUGUUUUACUUUGCUGUAAA